AUGGCCCCUCCCCUCCUCAUGGCCCCUCCCCUCCCCAUCCUCCCCAUCCCCCCAUCCUCCCUCCCCCUCUUCACCGCCAUAAACACCUACGUCCACACCUACAUGUCACAAUACGACAACUCCCACGACUACGCCCACAUCCUCCGCGUCCUCUCCAACACCCACCUCAUCCACACAUCCGAACUCCACAUCCACCCAACCACGCCCUACGACCCCACCGCCCUCUACCUCGCCGCCCUCCUCCACGACGUCGGCGACCACAAAUACGCGACCCCGGACCAAGACAGCGAAGCCUACAUCGCCACGCUCCUGCAACAGCACGGCGCGCCUGCGGCCCUCGCGCACAAAGUUCAGGAUAUCGUGACCUGCGUCAGCUACUCGCAUGAAGUGCGCAACCCGGAGAAGGUGCGCGUCAUGCUGCAGAAGCACCCGGAACUGGCGAUUGUGCAGGAUGCAGAUCGGUUGGAUGCGAUUGGGGCGGUGGGCAUAGGGCGGUGUUUUUCGUUUGGGGCGGCCAAGUUGCCGGAGCAGGGGAUGGAGAGGGUGGUGGCGCAUUUUGCGGAUAAGUUGUAUCGGUUGGAGGGGAUGAUGAAGACGGAGUGUGGGAGGGAGAUGGCGGGGAGGAGGACGGAGGUGUUGAGGGGGUUUGAGAGGGAGUGGAGGAGCGAGGUGGAGUUGAGUUUUGAGUUGAGUUGA